AUGGAUGAGAAAGAGAUCUACUUCGGCUUCGCGUCAAGCUUGAGUGAAAGAAAAAUGGCCGAACGGGGCGCGAAGUUUUUCUCGCGUGAGAGUGCUGUUCUUCGAGGUUUUCGGCUCGAAUUUAGUACCAACUGGAAAGAUGACGGUUACGGGUACGCAAACAUUGUUCCCGAAGAAGGAUCAGUUGUUCAUGGAGCUUUAUAUGUUUGUGAACAGGGAAGCAUGGCCAGUAUGGAUCGCGAGCAUGUUGUGGAAGGGAAUUGUUUCCGAAGAGUGACUGUUACGGUAGAGAAGAAGAUUGGCGAGUUGGUAUCAGCUAAUACAUAUAUAGCUAAUGAUCAGUUUGUUCAGCAAGGGCUUCGUCCAAGCGAAGUUUACUUGAACGAAAUUCUUGAAGGUGAAGAUAUUAUUCCGAAGGAGCAUGCAGAGUUUAUACGAAGCUUCAUGAAAGCGAAAUGA